AUGUUUUACAUCAGUGCUGUGCUCUCAAGGCAGAGUCCUUUCCAACCAGCAUCUUCAGUGGUGAAGACAAAUCACCAGCCUUCCCGCACCCAAUCCCUGUCAAAGAAAAAGAAAAAAAUUGCUUUGAGUCCCAUACGUUCAAACUGGCGAGACAGUCCACAAGGAUGCACAUUAGAGAAACCUAACCACCAUUUGGCUGCCAUAGAUGGACAAUCUACUUUUGCAGAGUCUUGGGUUUCCACUGGCAGCGGAUCCCCUCCUUCUAACGCAACAGUAGCCUCAUCUGGCAUGGAAAUACCCAAACAGUCUGCAAGAGCAGGGAAAUCCACUGUGUCCUCUGAGCAAGGACAUCAGCAGGAUUCAGUACUGGCCAAGUACAUGGAACGUUUUCGCCAUGGUCAGCCACAGAGCCGAGAGGACCGCCAGCAAAUGGCUUCUGACAUCGGAGAGGACCUGCCAUUUUGGUGGAUGUCACCUUCAUCUUUACCCCCCAGUUCAACCCCAACUAAAGCAACAGAUGACCACGGGCCUGCCAUUUUCAGCCCAGCUGGACAUAGUCGACUUGACAGAACCCCUUCCCCAUGCAGAGGACCCCAUAGCAUUUUAUCAGACACCUCACAAGGUGAAUGUGAUGACACAGAGAUACUACACCUUCAAGAGAGGGCCAGCAGACUUCUGCAGAGAGGUGAUUGUGCUCUCAGUGACAGAUCUAUCCUGGUCAGCUCAGAAGGCCUGGCAUGCUCAGAUUUCUCUUCUCCAAUCAGCAUAGAUGAACCAGUACAACGACCUUUGAUUCCUAGUUUAAUAAAAUCUACAACUGUGAAGACCGGGCCAGAUUUCAUGUCCUCCCAAAAACCCCCUGACUUUCCUUCUUUGGUGCCCCCCACAUGCCCAGAAGAGGACAUCCUGUUCCAGUGGCGUUUAAGGAGAAAGAUGGAGCAGGCCAGGGAAUGUUCCCAGCCCCAGCAACACUCUGGUCUUCAUGGAUCCACAUUUAGCUGGCAGGGCCCCGGUGUACGCUAUCCGUUAGCCAAUGCACAGGCUUACAAGCAAAGUCAUAAACCUCCUGAACCCUCACACUCACACAUCACUCCUCCUCAGCCAAUAACCAAAGACACUCAUGGACUCUGUCCCCCAGCCUCAGGCCCACCUUCCUUCCCUGCCUUUGCUGCCUCUUGCUCUUCAGUCUCUCAGCCCCAUGCUAUCGCCCAUGUCCCUGCCCACAUGCAUUUACUCUGUGAUGUUUUGCCAUGUCCCAUCCAAUCAUCUCAUGCUGGCAAGCAACAAAGCAUUUCACAGAGGUCGGAUGAGUUUCCGACCAAAGUUGCCCCAAAAAAGACCCAAAACUCUGGAAAGUCAAAGGAAACCUCAGUGGAUGAGCACAUUCAUAAACAUAAUCCAUCCCCACCACCUGCUUCAUCUGCAGCUGUGCAAGGAGAGUGUACACCUAGUCCCCACAAAAUAACUGAGAGGAAUAAGAAAGAGAAAGCUCAAACAAAGGACUUGGAGAGGAAUGAGAAGAAGACAGCGGUGGCCAUCAGAAAGCAGAAGAAAUUAUCCAGAUGCACUGUGGAUAGUAAAUAUACUGACGGGCUGAGCUCCACAAAUAGAAGUUCUUCGCAUCAAAGAGUUUCCAAAAAGGUCAUGUCAUGGACAGAGCAGCAUCAACAGGAGUUUUCCAGUGAGAGCUGUACUGACGCUCAUGCACCGCCACCAUCUCCAAUCCACUGUGCCUUGGGACAGGUUGUUUCAGAGGUAUUGUUCCCUGCAGUGGAUUCAUCUCCUGCACAAACGACUCCUGUCUUGUCAGUUUCACCUCCAUCCACAGUGUCUGCACCUCCACAAUCCUCAGUUCCUCCUUGCAAUGCACACAACUCUAUGGAGGUCAUUUCACAGCUGCUGCAAGAAGCUGAAGAUUCAGAUGGAAAAGAGUUUGAAGAUGACCCUUUAUUACAAGUCCUUCGCAAACAGAGAAAAUGGGUGAAGGAGCAAAUCAGUGAAGUGGACUCUAUGUUGGAUGAAGUCCUGGAUGAGCAACAAGUUACUUGAACUUUGUCAACACAAACUUGACGCAUUAGAUUUUUUUAUUUUAUAAAGACAUCAUUUAUUUGAACAUUUUUGAAG